AUGCACCGGAGCUUUCUGGGCGAGGGAGACGGAGACGGAGAGGGGGUCAGGGAGCGUUCGGGAUCGCAUCGGGACGAGGAGGAAUACGAGGGCUGUCGGCGCCCCGCCCCUCGGGCCCCCGUCCGGAUCUCAAGGCCUGGCCGAAGGAGCCAUACCCUCCGAGGGCAGAGGCUGGGAGGGAGUCGGGGAGUCAGGGCGGGGGGGGGGGGGAGGGCGGGGAGACAGCGCACCGCCGCUGCCUCGGCCCGGCCCGACCUCUCCGCCCGCUGCGCCCGCUGGCCAAGCCGCAGCUCGGGCUCCCCAUUGUUCAGUCACAGUGCAAGGCCCCCGGGACCCCGCGCAGCAGCGGCCCGUACUAGCGACGCUCACGGCCACUCGCCUCAGUGUAGGCGUCUAGAGAUCCUCAAGACCACGACGAUCCCCCAAGGCCCGCCACUGCGGGGCAGGAGAGCGAGGCUCCCGUGGGGCCACCCAGCCACUCCAUCCGCAGGCACACAACACCGCCGAGCUGGGAGCGCUGGGCCGAGCAGUAGCUCCACCGUUCGCCUCGCUGAGCGACCUCCAGGGGCGGCGCUUAGGGCCGCGAGCAGCGAGAGAAAGAUCAAAACAACUCCCCGCCCUCCUCCAAGCCUGGCGAUCAGCGCACCCCACAAUCGCCAGCCCAGAGCCUCCGGGAGCCGGGGACGGCGAAAGCACGCGGAGGGCUUGGGGGCAGAGGAGCACCGUAGAAGCAGGAGGUGCAAGGGGCUGCCCCGAGCCACGGGGCCCGCAGGCGGGGCUCGGGAGGUUCGGGGGCUGGGGGGCUGCAGGGGCGGCGCGCACCACGUCGAGCCCCCAGGCCGGCGGCGCGCUUACCUGGGCGGCGAACAAGCGGCAGGGCGGGCAGGCCUCGAGAGCGAGGUGCGGCGAGGAGAAGAACCUCCAGACCUCCUCGGCGCUCGCGUCUGGUUUGAGGCGCGGUGCGGGAAGGGGCGGCCGGGGCCGCGGCCGGGGCGGUGGCGGGGCACCCAGGGGGCUGCCCGAGGUGGGCCUGUGGCGCGCCCGCCCGCCCUCGCGGCGGGACUGGGGAAGGGAACGGCAGCCUGCGUUCUCACAUCAGUAAUUAACAUGCUGUGCUUAGGUCCUGCCAUAGAGAGGAGCCUGGCCGGCAUAGGAACAGUCAGGAGACCUGUCAGAUUUCGCCUCUGUCACUCCCGAGACACGUCUCUCAGCGACUGUCUGGGCCCAGGCUUCCUCAUCUGCAAAUAA